GUUUAUUGGACAGUGUAGGUACUCUUACACUCUUCAAAGCAGUAAAUUAAUUCCCCAAAACGGAAACCAUAGAAAACCUCCAUUCUAUUAAAUAUCUGCAUGGAUUGAAUUGAUAUCGGAAUCGUUAUUGAACUCGUGCCUCAUUUGGUAAAUAACUCAUCAAGUCAUUUCAGCUCACUUAUAAUUCAUCAAGAUAAAAAGACUAUUAAUUUCACAUAUUAAAUGAUGUUUCAAUUAUCAAGGCUCAGAUCGAUACAUCACAAAACUGAAAACAACUGCCUGUAUGAGAAUUUUUUUCAUAACUCGUAUGUAUUCCUUCACACAAACAUUUUGUAGGUACAAAUUCUAUUUUUCAAAUUAAUUUUUCUAUUUCAUUCGUGUAACUUUCUCAUUUGAGAUCAUAAUUCAAAACUUACAAAUACCUACAUAAUAAUUUAAUAAUCACCAAUUUGAACAUGCCUCUUUUCGCGACAUUUGCAAUGUUUUUCAAGUUCUUCUCAAUAAUAUUAGCGAAUUUACACCAAAGUGAAUCUACAGUUAACUUAUGCACAUCACAAACACCAUUUGAACAAACGGGCCAUCCAUUACCACUGAGGAAUCAUACCUGGCAGAUCAUUCGUGAACAUAAUUUUCUCUACAUUGACAAGACACCAUUUUUAAUGAAGCUAUUGCAUGACGAUUAUGAGUUUGACAGGUGCAUGAUUCUUACUCGCCCUCCUGGUUUUGGUAAAACAACCUUUCUAGACAUGGUGGCGGAUUUCUUUCGAGGAAAAAAAGACAUGUUUAAAGGACUCGCAAUUGAUGCAGUGGGAAAUACAAAAUAUUAUGACUGGCAUGAGCGCAAAAUUAGCGGGCCUCUGCCAAAAUGGAAGGAAUUUCCAGUUAUUCAUCUCAACUUCCGUGAAAUUUCAAACUUCAACACUAAAAAGGAAUUUUAUAUUCAGUUUGAAUUUCUUCUGAAACGUAUCGCGGAAACUUACAGAGUGAAUACUGACGAUAGAAAAUAUUUCAGUUUGGGUUCUCUUAUCAGGAAACUAUACGAUAUCAAUUACAACCCAGUCGCCAUAUUGGUGGACGAGUAUGAUUAUCCAUUCCAUCAUGCAUACACAGAGCUGAACAAUACGGAGCUGGCAACACAAAUUAAAUCCCACCUUGAAUCGAUGAAGUCAACGAUCAAGACAAAUACUGACAAGAUUGGUCUAGCAUUUUUUGCAGGUGUGUUAUCAUUAAAUGUGAUGUUCAAAGAACGUUCAGGUAUGAAGGUCUUUAGUGACCUGACAGACCUGACAUUGGAUAAAGAUCUUGCAGAAGCUUUUGGUUUCACUGAAAACGAAAUCAAAAAUAAUAUGAGUCCUUACUUGAAAAAAUGGACCCAAAAUAGAAAUGCUACUGAGAAUGUGAAACACAUAUCAGAUGAUCCCAGAUUACAUGAAAAAACAAUUUUGGCUGGAUUAAGAAGCUGGUAUGGAGGGUAUCAAUUUUCAGAAGAAUGUGAUGCGAAUCAAGUUUUCAACCCGGUUUCCACAAUGGAAAGCUUACGAAAACAAGAAUUUGGCAGCUACUGCACAUCAACAGAUUCAAUGCAUUUCUUCGUCCGUAAAUUUUAUGAGAAAAUUCACCGCUGGGACUAUUUUACAUGGUUCCAUUCAAUGGACAAAGACCCAUACCGUAUUUAUCGUUUAAACGUCUCUCCUAGCAACCUUGUGAUCCCGUGGGAUUUGUGGAUGUUUUCACACGGGUACUUCACCAUUUCCAACUAUAAAUACGAGUAUGAUGGUUUACCUGAGAAAACUGUAACAUUGAAAUUUCCUAAUAAGUUGACAGAAAUGGCUACGGAAUAUAAUUUGGCGAUGUAUCUUCCAGAAGAAAACAAAUUUAUCCACCAAGAUUACGCUAAUGAACUUGUAGAAUUCAGUAACGCAAUGUCAAUCCAAGACACUGAAAAUGCGAUGAGAAUUUUGAGCAUUUUCCUAUUCCGAUCUUACAUAAGCCCUCAAAACAGAAAUAUGAAUCCCGGAGAGAUGGCAAGAAGGUUGGGAUUUUUUCUUCUUACCGCAUCUAUCAACUAUCAAGAGGGUGUAAAGUGCAACACUGAUACCAAUUCCAUGGCCAAUGAAGAAAUAAACGUAGAUAUCCUACAGACGACGGAUUUGAAGAUGAAUUAUAUUAUCAAAAUUCAAACUACAAAUAAUGUCAAUGAAACUGCUUUUACAGCUCUCGAACAGCUCCGUGAAUAUUUCAGAAAGCAUCCAAGAUCCUUCACGCAGGGGAAAGAAAAUCAAACAAAUUUUUGCUUCUUGGGUCUCAGUUUUGUGUAUCUUGAAGGAUCAGCUAAGCUGAAUAGCUGGAUUGCUCUACCAUUCGUGAGCGGUGUUCCACAGUAUUCAAAUGUGGUAGCUCAACCUCAAAACUUGAAACAAAGACUGCUUAUAAAAUUUCAGUGAUGCAAACUGGGAAAAAAAUCCGUUGAGGGUUAAAGGUUAGCGACAGAGAAAAAUGUGCAGGUAAACAGUUACAAGUUAUUAACCAAAAUUUAUACCUACCCAUACCAAACCGCGGAUAAAUUGUUUUGAAACCACUCUCUGUUUCUGUAAAAUUUCAAAAAAAUAUUGCAUACCUGCUUAAUUCUUUCAAAAAUGAAUUAUCAGUUGCUACCCUCAAAGAUUCUUCUAUUCUUCUCCUCAAAAUCAAAUCAAUUUUCAAAACUGCUGUGAAGGUAAUGGAUUUUUUGACAUGGAUAAAAUAAUGUUUUUUGCACCUAGGACCUCGAUUUGUCCGACAGGGGUCCUCAAGACCCUACAUUUCAGAAUUUGAAAAAAAAAUCGAUCAAUUCACAAUCAUGACAACGUAUUUGCUACGACGAGUCGACGAGUAGAUUGCGAAAGAGACAGAGACAAACAGAGAUCACGGAGUGCUUUAAAACGUCACGCAUCACUUUCUCGUCAUGUUUUGCAAACAUCCAUAGCAAAGAGACCCGGACGCGGAGCCUAGGGACGAGUACGUGUGUAUUUUUGUACUUAACGACAACAAUGUUACCCCGACUAAUUGGAAAGUUUUACAAGUUACCAGUGUAAUCUACGUGAAAUUUCAACUAGCUAUAGAGUCUAUCCUUAUACCCUUUAUUUUUCACCCACUCCGAUCGAAACCUACAGACACGAACUCGUAUGUAGUUUAAACGAACUGGAACUUAGGAACUGAUUUUUCAAACGAGCUUCGACUGAAGAUGAAAGAGCCGAGGCAAAGAACCCGAAAGAAAUCAACAAACGUAAUGGAAAGGAAAUAAGGGAAACGAAGUAGUACGUGGUUAAUUUUUUAUCGUCGUUUCUGCGAGGCAGCCUUGUUCAUUUCCUUUACUCUUCUUACUGGUGAUGGUGCAGGAGGAGGAGGUGGUGGAGGUGAGUCGAUGUGUGGUGCUGAAAUGAAACUUCAACCCGCUCGUGGUAAUACAAUUAAUAAAGAGAAAACCAUGCUCGAAUGUGGCUGUGGUGUUUAUCGAAUUUUUUAAAUGUAACUGGAACAUGAAACGAAGACUGCAGAAUUCGUGUAGGUAACAUUUUUUAACCCUUCAAAGCCUGAACCAAACUGGAAGUGAUCAGAAAAAAUGCUUUCAAUUUGUUGAAUGGGACUUCAGACUUGCAUGAAUAUCACUUUAAUGUGUAGGGGAGAUUGUUGUACCAGGGACCGAUUUUUCGUUUUUUGGGAAUGGACUCCACCCAUUAAUUAUUUUUGAAAAUGUGAAUAGGGUGCAUCAAAGAAUGGUCUUUUACAAAAAAAACGAGAUAUUCACAUUUGUUCAAAACUCAUUCCCCUCCCCUCCAGAAUUUUUUUAAAAAGUCACUUUUUUUUGGUCCAUGGUACAACGGGUCGUGUACCAAGGACCAAAAGGAAAUUUACCCUGGAAAAUGCCUAAAAGUUGGCCGUGAAGGCAUAAAGUUUACGUAUGGCUCAUAGACAUUCAUUAUGCAUAUUUACUUUUUACAAUAAGAUCAUAUAAAAUUUUGCAGAUUUUUUUUUAAAAAUUUCAUAAGUUUGUCAUGUUGUACCACGGACCAUAGAUUUUUCCUCAAAUUUCCACCAAUUUCAAAUAAAUUUUGAAACGUUUUCAGAUGCUACAAUGUAAAAACUGUGUAAAGGGCAUCCUGGCAUCUGAAAAAGUAUCAAAAUUCGUGAAAAUUAGAUGAAAAAAUUGCGGUCCGUGGUACACGAUCAAAUUUGGUCCCAGGUACAAGACCUCCCAAAAUUUAGAAAAAAAUUUCUACAAAAUUUCACACAAUAUUUUUCCAAAAAGUGAAUAUGUGUACUUACACUUGGAUGGUGUAGCUACACGUUGCACUAAUUGCUUUGACAAAUUUCAAAUAAACAACAGGUCAAAAUGAGUUCACAAAACAUGGCAAAAUGUAAUUUUUCGUUUUAAAACGUGAUAAUCGUGUGCAAAAUUUUCAAAUGAAAACCUUAUCGCCUAUAGUUCAUUUUGUGGCAUACCCUAGUGAUGCUUUAAAACGUAGUGGGGUCCAAAUUCCGCAAGUGGCGUUAGUGAGGGAAAGGUCCCUGGUACAACAGGUCCGGGGUACAACAAUCUCCCCUAGUAUGCCCCCCUGCCCCUCAAAACUAUUUCGUAAAUGAAGGGUCGAUUUUUUCAAAUGUUUGUAAAUUAUGAAAGAGCAAAAUACCUAAUUGGCCCAAAUUUGAGGUAAUCUUAUAUAAUCACAUUCCAUGCAUCUAAUUAUUGAAAGCAAAUCCUUGACGAGCCCCGUCCCAUUUUUGGUGGGGUAUAAAUGUGAAAAAGUUGAGGUAAAAUACGGGCCAAUGUCCUCCAUUCUUAAUUUUAUGAAUUUGUUAAUGUGUCAUUCUGCAGGUAAAGGGCCCAUUUGGCCGUUUCUAUUUAUCGAGAUAAUGUGUUUUUAGUGAAAAAGUUGAGAGAAUCGAUAAUCGCGGGUUUGAUGGAUUUCGAUGUAGAACAUAUCCGACUAUCACGUGUUGAAGUAUCAAGGCCGCAGGUGCGCCCCAAGUGGAGAAAAAUAGAACUAAAGUUUUUCCAAGAAGGGCCCAUUUGGUUGAUUUUGUUUUUUUUGCAGUAAAUUCAUUUCUAGUCGCCAGUUGCAACAUGUAUACCCUUCACAAACACAUUUUACCUAGGUGCAGCGCUAGCCAUGUGACACACUGGAUUUCGGAGCAGGAGAUAUAUAGGUUCAAA